CCGCCUCGCAGCGGCCGUCGCGCCUACGCCAGUUCCCGGCUUCGCUCGCGGCCUAUCCCGGCUCCUCGGUAUGGCGCGGCCCCUCGUGCCCAGCUCGCAGAAGGCGCUGCUGCUGGAGCUCAAAGGGCUGCAGGAGGAGCCCGUGGAAGGGUUCCGGGUCAACCUGGUGGACGAGGGGGACCUCUACAACUGGGAGGUGGCCAUCUUCGGCCCCCCGAACACCUACUAUGAGGGCGGGUACUUCAAGGCUCGUCUCCGGUUUCCCAUCGACUACCCCUAUUCUCCUCCUGCCUUUAGGUUCUUGACCAAAAUGUGGCAUCCCAAUAUCUACGAGACCGGUGAUGUCUGCAUCUCCAUCCUCCAUCCGCCGGUGGAUGACCCGCAGAGCGGGGAGCUGCCGUCUGAGCGGUGGAACCCCACCCAGAACGUGCGGACCAUUCUCCUGAGCGUGAUCUCACUGCUGAAUGAACCCAACACAUUUUCUCCAGCCAACGUGGACGCCUCCGUGAUGUACCGCAAGUGGAAGGAGAGCAAAGGGAAGGACCGGGAGUACAUGGACAUCAUCAGGAAGCAAGUCUUGGGCACGAAGGUGGACGCCGAGCGGGAUGGCGUGAAGGUCCCCACCACGCUGGCAGAGUACUGUGUAAAGACCAAGACUCCAGCCCCAGAUGAGGGCUCAGACCUCUUCUAUGAUGACUAUUAUGAGGAUGAUGAGAUGGAGGAGGAAGCAGACAGCUGUUAUGGUGAUGAGGAUGACUCUGGCAAUGAGGAAUCUUGAUGGCCCUCUGGCAUGCAAAACUUACUAUAAACUACUGAAUUUUACCUCAACUAGGACAAACUGGUUUGAAUUUAGGAUCUGUCAGCCCUGAAACUAACUCUCUACCUCGCAGGGAGACUGUUCUGCUGUUGCAAAGGAAAUCCCACCACUGUCUUUGUAGAAAAAGCAAAAAGCAAAACCAAACCCUUUUAUAAAGUUCCUGGGUGGGAGACGGGUGGGGAGGGGGAGGGUCGUUCACAAAUCCACAGAAACAGGGGAGCUGGUGGCUCUGGCUGGAUGAGGAGUGACAGCAAAACCUGGUGUUGGCUGCCCGUCGCUGGGGCACGUUCAGCUCCUCCUCGGCCCUGCGUGGGAGGAGCGGUUUGGGGAGGCUCUGGGGCUGGCGAGUGGUUGCUUUGGGUGGGAAGCGUGUGAGCGUUGCUGAGCUU